CUGACAGAGUCCAGAUCACCAAGCAUGGCAAAGUCUUCAUUUCUCGUCUUGCUGUAAUGACUCUGCAGGGGGGUAGCUGUCACUGUAAAACAGCUCUUCUCAGGAAACAAAUCUGACUUGGAGACACAAAGGGCACAGACUUUCAUAUGAAAUGGAGCACUGUUUUUUCAUACAGCUACCUCUCGAAGAAUAAUUGCAAUUUGAAUACUGUGGACAGAAGGCUAUGCCAACAGGGACUCCACUAGCCCUGGACUGGCACUGAGGUUUCUGUGUGUGCUUCACUGUUGUCCUGCCAGAGCUGGCUACUAGGUGCUGUGAAAAUCCUGAAGAUAUUCCAGAUACUGGCUGCAGACACCUAGAUCAACCUGUGCGAAAGAGAACAUGUUCUGUCCUGCAGCAUAUGUAUGCACACCCCUUCCAGCAGCAACCAGGUUUUGUACUGACUUGGACUUAGUCAGAUGCAGGGAAGACAUCUUUGAGACCUUCUGAUCACUCCAUAUUUUCCAUCUUCUGUCCUGCUGCUGUAUUUCUUCUUCUUUUCUUACCCUCUUUGUAGAUGAAACUGGAAGAGUGAAAAAAAUACUUCUAUUUGUUUUGUACACAUGACAGAAUUCUUAUGGUUCAUUCUUAUGGUUUUCUGAAUGUUUGUCUCAGUUAUUCUCACAAAGUAGGAAGAAAGAAAAUGCGUUAGAAUAACGUGGUCCUAGAACAGCCAAAGUAACCAGGGAAUGUUGGGCAGAUGCAGUACCUUGAAAGAGAAGGGUCAAUAUUUCUAUUGCAUGUUUUAAGGUAACUCUGUCUCUUUAACUAAAAGCCUGCAAAAUCUUUAGAGUAAAUGAUGUUUUCAACAUUGUUUGACCUUCAUGGUAGAGUUCAUUUAUAGAAUGAACUUUCCUGAACAAAGAGAUGUGCCAGUGUGGCUUCUAGGAAGCUGAGUGACUCAGAAAUCGGCCACGUCAUCAUGUGGGUCAUAAGAAUGGAGUAAUGAAAGGUUAAUAUGUCUGAGUAGAUGCUGUCAGUUACUGAGGUGGUAAGAAAGUCAGAUCACUAGGUUACAUUCCAUUUGUUUGAAAGAGUUUUGCUGGUUUUGGAGUUGGAUGUGAUCCAAAGCAGUUGUGCUGGAGAUUUGCCUGGUCUGGCAGCCCUUGGAGAGCCCAAGUCUUAAUGCAGUUAUCUGUAGCCGUUCAGGUCAGCAACCAUAACUUAGGACCUCUUGGGAAUUCAGAGGAGCUAAGAUGAUUUGCCCUGCAGUCGUGGGUGUAGAUAGGUAGUAUCACUAAAAUGCGGUCUAAACAUCCAUAAAACUGUGUCUUUCUCCAGCAUCAAGCGGGAGCAGCUUUACUGAUGCAGACUGCAGCUUCUGAUACGGAAAACCCAUGGAAAUGAGUUUGUUCCAGUAACAGGUCACCUAGAGGAACCUGUGAGCUGGCAGGGAUCAGUUAUAGCUUAUCUGGGCAGCGUUCGGAAAGUUUGCCAUCACUGUAAACGUCUUGUGAGAAUUUUAUUGCAUCAGAGUUAGCCCCUUUACAGAAUUGUAGAAGAAGGGCUUCAUCUUUUAUUUUCAUUGAUCUGACUGUAAUCAGAAUCUAAAAACAUUCUUCCAAAUAUCCCUUGAAUCCACAGUACGUUUUAAGUGUUACUGGGGGAUGACAGUAAUUUGUGUUGAUCACGCAAAUUUUCAUUGUCUGUGUGGAGGUGAUUCAGUUGUGAUCUUGCAAGAAAUUUGAUUUUUGCAUAGGAAAUCAUAUGUGCAAGUUUGUACCUAAAUAGUACCUAAAUGAACUUAUUGUUGAAUUGUAAUUACAAUAUAACUUCAUACCUGCUAAAUGGUGUAUCAGCUGCAAUCAAAAAAAACCCCUGCUUUACAAUAGAGAGCAGUCUGAUCCUGAUUUCUCUUGCUUUAUUGCCUUGUAGAGAAAAAUGUGAAUAAAUGGCCAUCUGAAAAGAGCUCCCAAGAAAUGGUGUAGAGAAUAAGGACAGACACCACAUAUGUAUUUGCAGACAAGGAGAGAGCAUUCAUGCUAAAGAGUAUGGUUUUCAAAACAACAUCUCUCCAACAAUGAGAGGGUUUCCUGAGCCCAUAGCUGUCUGAGUUAAAGGACCAUAUUUAGUCUCUAGGUGUACGUACAGGGUCUGAGGUCAGGCAUUCAAACCUAAGUGUUUCCACAGGGUUUAAAUUGGUGUCUUCAUUACAAGCUGUAUUGUGUGCAAUCUCUUCCCUUUAUGAAGAUGGAGGUGAGUUGGAUGCCCAAAGAACUUGAGUUGUGAUACCACCUUCUAGGCCUAGUUCGUCAUAUGAGGAAAGAGUCUCUGAAUUCAGUUAUUCUGUGCAAUUCCUGCUCAGGGAGAGGUCCAGAAUUUUUGUGUGUCAUAAGAGAUGGGAUCUUGUAUGUGGAUAAUCACUUAUUUUAGUCCUUUCUGUAAUACUUUUUCAGAUUCUGAAAAAUUAUUUUUAACUUUUAUAGUUACUCACCUGAACUUGAUAAGAUAAACCAGUGCAAUGAUACAUUCCCUGUUUUACAUGUCAGAACCAAUAGCUUUAGGAGUCAGGAAGUGCCCUGUGCCCCUAAGAGGUUUGGUAGCUCUGAAAUCUACAGCAGCCUUUUCACUUAGCAGCAUUUUAUUCUUUGCUUUCUUAACAGGAACAGCCGAUCAAUGGUUUUUCCACAGUCUCACUACUGCCUCUCAAACAAGGUGCCCUGAAGCUAAAUUCUUUUCCUUAGUUUAGCUAAAACUAUCUCAGAGUUCACAAGGCCUUGCUUUCAGGGACAGGUAUCAUAUUGUUAACACUGUAUACAGGGUCUGUUGUUGUAACAAAGAAAAAACAAAGUGGAUCGCUACUAUAAAUUAAUUCCUCCUACAAAAUUAAUUGCUAUGAAGUAUAAUUUUAUUCCAUUUAUUUCCUUGUCCAGAUUAUGUUUGGACAGAUGCCCUCCUUUGUCUACUGAAACAUGAAAAGCUAAUAAAAAAUAUUAAAUUAUGCACUAAGAACAGGCAGUUAAUAAAGCAGAUGCCAGGGGUGUUGUUUGAGGCAAAAGCACAGUAAAGUACUGGUACAGAAGGGAGACUGCCUAUUCUAGACAUUUUAUUUUUCCAAAACCUGGCCAAAUAAAUGGAAUUACCUGAGGAAGAAACUUUUUUAAAAAGUUGGUCAUGAUAUUACCCAAAGGUUGGAAGCAUUCUCUAGACGUCUAGGCGAAGGGUAUAUGUGCAUAGGAUAAGGUUUAAAUUGAGGUUCUGUGCAAUUGCAUUUUACAGGCUCAGUACUGUGAAAGGCAGCUUUCCUGUUCUCCUGAAGUUAACUCCAAGCUGACCUCUCACCACAAGUGGACAGUUUCUCAGAGAUGAGGCUUGGUGGAGCAGCUUCUCGCUACCUCAACUAUGGAAGGCCAACUUGGUGCUAACAGGGACAUUUCUGUGAAAAAACCUCCAGGAGCAAGCCCUCCAUCCUUCAUUGCUUUGCUGAAGGUACACCGAGAGCUCCUGGUCAGUAGAAUCCGAAACACUCAAUGUUUGAUUGAUAACUUGAUUAAGAACGAGUACUUCUCCACUGAAGAUGCAGAGAUUGUUGUCCAGUUUCCUACUCAAGCAGAUAAGGUUCGCAAAAUUCUAGACUUGGUUCAAAGCAAGGGAGAAGAAGUUUCAGAAUAUUUCAUCUAUGUCCUCCAGAAAGUCACUGAUGCUUACUAUGAACUUCAGCCUUGGCUGGAUGAAAUAGGUUACGAGCCUUCAGAGAAUAUUUGUAGAAAACCUGUGGUAAAUACAGAUCCAGUUAGCAGGUAUUGCCAGAAACUCAGAUAUGAACUGGGACGGGACUCCAAGUUUGUUAUGUCGUACACUCAGAGGGAGGAGAUGCUGCUUGAAGAAAUCUACUCUAACAGCAUCAUGGAACUGGUCAGUUUUACCAAUGAGAGUCUUGGCCAUGUGGGUCAAUUAGAAGCCCUUUUUGAUGAUACAGUUGGACUAAUUAAUGAAGAUGGAGAGACUGUUUAUGUCUAUGGUGAUGCAGGAAUUGGAAAAUCCAUCUUGCUGCAGAAGAUUCAAAGCCUUUGGGCCAAAAAAAAAUUGGACAUAGGGGCCAAAUUUUUCUUUCGUUUUCCAUGUAGGAUGUUUAGUUGCUUUAAGGAAGAUAAAGCCAUAUGUUUGAAAGACCUGCUCUUCAAAUAUAAUUGCUACCCAGACCAGGACCCCACAGAAGUGUUCCAUCACAUCUUGCAAUUCCCUCACACAGUUCUUUUCACAUUUGAUGGCUUUGAUGAGAUCUAUUCCAACUUUGAUCUCAGUAGUGUACCUGAGAUAUGUUCACCCCAUGAACCCAUUCACCCCUUGGCACUGCUGGUAAGCCUUCUCAGAGGAAAGCUUCUUAAGGGAUCCAGGAAAAUUCUUACAGCAAGGACAGGAACUGAGAUCCAAAGAAACAUCAUUAAAAAGAAAGUGCUGCUCCGUGGUUUCUCCAGCAGUAACCUGAGGGAAUACACUGUUAUGUUUUUCAGAGAUGAGCAGCAACGAACACUGGUAUUGAACCAGUUGGAAUCUAACCCCAAUCUCUGCAGUUUGUGUUCAGUGCCUUUAUUUUGUUGGAUUAUCUUUAAAUGCUAUGAACACUUCUAUUCCAUGUUUGACAGCCAUGAGCUUCCAGACAGUUCUGUUACACUGACAGACGUAUUUUUGCUCUUGAUUGAAGUUCAUCUGAACCGAUCUCUGAAAACAGGUUUGCUGAAGAACAACAUCAGGAGCCAAGCAGAGAUGUUCAAAUCCAGAAAGGAAACUCUUCUAGCUUUGGGUAAAAUGGCAUACAAAGGGAUGGAGAACUCUUUCUUUAUCUUUGAGCAGGAAGAGGUCUCCUCAGCGAACAUCUCUGAAGAAGAUUUGCAAUUGGGCUUUCUCAGGACAGUUAAAGGUUACAGUGGCUGUGACAGUCAGGCCACUUACGAGUUCUUGCACUCAACCCUUCAGUCUUUUUUCACAGCUUUGUUUUUGGUUAUUGAGGAGAAAGUGGGCACCAAGGAGUUACUUGAGUUCUUCAAUGAAUGCUCUUUCACUGAGACUGCCCAGCCUACUUGCCUUCGCAUCCCUUGGCUGAAGAAACAACUAGCAGGGGAGAAUCCUUUCCAAAAUAAAGAACACUUUAAUUUUACCAACAUGUUUCUUUGUGGCCUUCUUUCUGGAUCCAAGCAGAAGCUCUUUAGGCAUUUAGUUUCACCUGCAGUCCUUAAGAGGAAGAGAAAAACACUCAUCACAUACCUUGGGGAGAGCAUGAAAUCCCACCUGAAAGGCUACACUCGGUCCAGGCUUAAAAGCUACAAUCAGAUCCAGGUCCAGCCCAACUUUGUUUGGAUGCUGAGGUGCCUUUACGAGACUCAGAGUGAGAAGGUGGGGAAGUUGGCUGCCAAACGCAUGCACGCCAAUUACAUCAAGCUGGCGUACUGCAAUGCCUACUCUGCCGACUGCAGCGCCAUCUCCUUUGUGCUGCAUCACUUUCGGAAGCGCCUGGCUCUGGAUUUGGACAACAACAACAUCAAUGACUACGGAAUAAAACAGCUGCUGCCUUCUUUCAGCAAGCUCGCAGUGAUCAGGCUCAGUGUAAAUCAGGUCACAGAUCACGGUGUAAGGAUCUUGUAUGAAGAACUCUCCAAGUACCGAAUUGUGUCUUUCUUGGGCUUAUACAGCAAUCAAAUCACUGAUGUCGGAGCCAAAUAUGUUGCAAAACUAAUUGAAGAAUGUUCAAGCCUGGAAUAUGUUAAAAUAGGAGCAAACAAAAUAACUAGUGAAGGAGGGAAGUGCCUUGCCCAGGCCAUCCAGAAGAGCAAGACAAUGUUUGAAAUCGGGAUGUGGGGUAAUCAAGUUGGAGACGAAGGAGCAAAGGCAUUUGCAGAGGCCCUGAGGAACCACCCCAGGUUAACAAACGUGAGUCUCGCAUUCAAUGGCAUCACAACAGAGGGAGGCAAAAGUAUUGCUGAAGCUAUGCAACACAACAACUCCGUGAGAAUAUUCUGGUUGACUAAAAACGAGCUGGAUGAUGAGGCAGCAAUGAGCUUUGCAGAGAUGCUGAAGGUCAACAAGAAACUGGUGCAUUUAUGGCUUAUACAGAAUCAAAUUACAGCCAAAGGGGUGAAGUACCUCAGCGAAGCUCUCAAGGAGAACACGACCAUUAAAGAAAUCUGUUUGAACGGGAACCUGAUAAGCCAAGAAGAGUCGAAAGCUUUUGAAAAUGAAGAACGGAUCAUUUGCUUUUGAAUGAGGACAUUUUGCCAAGUUCAUUUAACAAAGGUCACUCCUACGCUUGGACCACAGAGUUUAUAAAGGCAGAAAUCUACAGGGCUCAUGGCAG